GAGCCGGAGCGACGCUGGGAGGAGUCGCGUCGCUCCCCCUCGUCGUGGCCGCCGCUCCCGCCUCCGCGGUGCCGUGCGCGGUGCGAGUGGAGACUGCCGCCGGCCGCGGGGCUCGGGGACGCUUCUCCGGGGGACGAGGGAGCCGGGGCCACGCUGGUGCUGCUCAGGACUCACUCCACGCUCUGCACUUAGGAAUCACUCUUGGUGGUGCUCAGGGCAAGCGCAGGUGGACCAGUGUGCAAGGAAUGUGAAGAAUUCAAAAUGGAUUCAAGUAUGGGUGUGAAUUCUAUCACCAUAUCUGUUGAGGGGAUGACAUGUAGUUCCUGUGUUUGGACCAUUGAGCAGCAGAUUGGAAAAUUGAAUGGUGUACAUCAUAUUAAAGUUUCACUGGAGGAAAAAAAUGCGACUAUUAUCUAUGACCCUAAACUACAGACACCAAAGACUCUACAGGAAGCUAUUGAUGACAUGGGCUUUGAUUCAAUUCUUCACAAUCCUAACCCCCUCCCUGUUUCAACCAAUGCUGUAUUUCUGACUGUUACUUCUUCACUGACUCCACCAUGGGACCAUAUCCAAAGCACAUUGUUCAAGACCAAGGGUGUCACAGACAUUCAGCUUUCUCCUCAGCAAAGAACUGCAGUGGUGACAAUAAUCCCUUCGAUAAUAAAUGCCAGUCAGAUAAUAGAGCUAGUUCCAGACCUCAGUUUAGAUGUGGGAACUCUGGAGAAGAAGACAGGAUAUAGUGAAGAUAACAGUAUGGGCCAAGCAGGUGAAGUCAUGCUGAAGAUGAAAGUAGAAGGGAUGACCUGCCAUUCAUGUACUAGCACAAUUGAAGGAAAAAUUGGAAAGCUGCAAGGUGUUCAGCGAAUUAAAGUCUCCCUGGACAAUCAAGAAGCUACUAUUGUUUAUCAACCUCAUCUUAUCACAGUAGAGGAAAUAAAAAAACAGAUUGAAGCAGCGGGCUUUCCAGCGUUUGUCAAAAAACAGCCCAAGUACCUUAAAUUAGGACUCAUUGAUAUAGAACGCCUAAAGAACACACCAGUCAAAUCUUCAGAAGGAUCACAGCAAAAAACUUCACCAUGUAUCAGUGAUUCAAAAGUCACUUUUAUCAUUGAUGGCAUGCAUUGUAAAUCAUGUGUGUCAACUAUCGAAAGUGCUUUAUCUACACUCCAAUAUGUAAGCAGCAUAGUAGUUUCCUUAGAGAACAGGACUGCCAUAAUAAACUACAAAGCAAACUCAGUCACUCCAGAAACUUUGAAAAGAGCAAUCGAGGCCAUAUCACCAGGGAAAUACAGAGUUAGCAUUACAAAUGAAGUUGAGAGUACCGCAAACUCUCCUUCCAGCUCAGCUUUUCGAAACAUAGUCAGCCAGCCUUUGACGCAAGAAACCACGAUAAACAUUGAUGGCAUGACUUGUAAUUCUUGUGUGCAGUCUAUUGAGAGUGUUAUAUCAAAAAAGGCAGGUGUAAAAUCAAUAUGCGUCUCCCUUGCAAACAGCAAUGGAACUAUUGAGUAUGAUCCUCUACUGACUUCUCCAGAAACCUUGAGGGAAGCAAUAGAAGACAUGGGAUUUGAUGCUACUGUGUCAGAUAUGAAUGAACCAUUGGUGGUAAUAACUCAGCCGUCAUCAGAAAUGCCACUUUUGACCUCAACAAACGAAUUUUAUACUAAAACGGUGACACCAGUUCAUGAGAAGGAGGAUGCAAAGACUUCAUCUAAGUGUUACAUACAGGUUUCUGGUAUGACGUGCGCUUCUUGUGUAGCAAACAUUGAACGGAAUUUAAGGCGAGAAGAAGGAAUAUAUUCUGUUCUUGUGGCUCUGAUGGCUGGCAAAGCUGAAGUAAGAUAUAACGCUGCUGUUAUACAGCCUCCAGUGAUAGCAGAAUUCAUUCGAGAGCUUGGAUUUGGAGCCACAGUGAUAGAAAAUGCUGGUGAAGGGGAUGGUGUUUUGGAACUUGUUGUCAGAGGAAUGUCAUGUGCUUCGUGCGUUCAUAAAAUAGAAUCUACCCUUACAAAACAGAAAGGGAUCUUCUACUGCUCUGUGGCCCUGGCAACCAACAAAGCACAUAUUAAAUAUGAUCCAGAAAUUAUUGGUCCCAGAGAUAUUAUUCAUACAAUUGAAAGCUUAGGAUUUGAAGCUGCUUUGGUCAAGAAGGAUCGGUCAGCAAGUCACCUAGACCAUAAACGAGAAAUACAACAGUGGAGACGAUCCUUCCUUGUGAGCCUAUUUUUCUGUAUCCCUGUAAUGGGUUUGAUGAUAUAUAUGAUGGUUAUGGAUCACCACCUAGCAACUCUUCACCAUAAUAAGAACAUGAGUCAAGAAGAGAUGAUCAACAUUCAUUCUUCUAUGUUCUUAGAGCUUCAGAUCCUUCCAGGAUUAUCCAUUAUGAAUUUACUCUCAUUUUUGUUGUGUGUUCCUGUACAGUUUUUUGGAGGCUGGUACUUCUACAUUCAGGCCUACAAAGCACUGAAGCAUAAAACUGCGAAUAUGGAUGUACUGAUUGUGCUGGCAACUACUAUUGCUUUUGCCUACUCGUUGGUUAUUCUUCUGGUUGCAGUGUAUGAAAGAGCCAAAGUGAACCCCAUUACGUUCUUUGAUACACCUCCUAUGCUAUUUGUGUUUAUUGCACUAGGCCGGUGGCUAGAACAUAUUGCAAAGGGCAAAACAUCAGAGGCUCUGGCCAAAUUAAUUUCAUUACAAGCAACAGAAGCAACUAUUGUAACUCUUGACUCUGAUAAUAUCCUCUUGAGUGAAGAACAAGUGGAUGUAGAACUUGUACAACGUGGCGACAUUGUUAAAGUGGUUCCAGGAGGAAAAUUUCCAGUGGAUGGUCGUGUCAUUGAAGGGCAUUCUAUGGUUGAUGAGUCUCUCAUCACAGGGGAGGCCAUGCCCGUGGCUAAGAAAUCUGGCAGCACAGUGAUUGCUGGUUCCAUUAACCAGAAUGGGUCACUGCUUAUCCGUGCAACCCAUGUUGGAGCUGAUACAACUCUUUCUCAAAUUGUCAAACUUGUGGAGGAGGCACAGACAUCAAAGGCUCCAAUACAGCAGUUUGCAGAUAAACUCAGUGGCUACUUUGUUCCUUUUAUUGUUAUUGUUUCCAUUGCUACCCUCCUGGUUUGGAUUGUAAUUGGAUUUCUGAAUUUUGAAAUUGUGGAAACCUACUUUCCUGGCUACAACAGGAGUAUCUCCCAAACAGAAACAAUAAUACGCUUUGCUUUCCAAGCCUCUAUCACAGUUCUGUGUAUUGCUUGCCCCUGUUCAUUGGGAUUGGCCACUCCAACUGCUGUGAUGGUGGGGACCGGAGUCGGAGCUCAGAAUGGCAUACUAAUCAAAGGAGGGGAACCGUUGGAAAUGGCUCAUAAGGUAAAGGUAGUUGUAUUUGAUAAGACUGGAACCAUUACCCAUGGAACCCCAGUAGUGAAUCAAGUAAAGGUUCUAGUGGAAAGUAACAGAAUAUCACGCAGUAAGAUCCUGGCCAUUGUGGGAACUGCUGAAAGUAACAGUGAACACCCUCUAGGAGCAGCCGUAACCAAAUACUGCAAGCAGGAACUGGACACUGAAACCUUGGGUACCUGCGUAGAUUUCCAGGUUGUGCCAGGCUGUGGUAUUAGCUGUAAAGUCACCAAUAUUGAAGGCUUGCUACAUAAGAAUAAUUGGAAGAUAGAGGAAAAUAAUAUUAAAAAUGCAUCCCUGGUUCAAAUUGAUGCAAGUAAUGAACAGUCAUCAACUUCGUCUUCCAUGAUCAUUGAUGCUCAGCUCUCAAAUACUCUUAAUGCUCAGCAGUACAAAGUCCUUAUUGGUAACCGGGAAUGGAUGAUUAGAAAUGGUCUUGUUAUUAGUACCGAUGUGGAUGGUUACAUGGCUGAACAUGAGAGAAAAGGUCGAACAGCUGUGUUGGUGGCUGUUGAUGAUGAACUUUGUGGCUUGAUAGCUAUUGCUGAUACAGUGAAGCCUGAAGCAGAGUUGGCUGUUCAUAUUCUGAAAUCCAUGGGGUUGGAAGUAGUCUUGAUGACCGGAGACAAUAGUAAAACAGCUAGAUCUAUUGCUUCUCAGGUUGGCAUUACUAAGGUGUUUGCUGAAGUUCUACCUUCCCACAAGGUUGCUAAGGUGAAACAACUUCAAGAGGAAGGGAAACGGGUAGCAAUGGUGGGAGAUGGAAUAAAUGACUCCCCAGCUCUGGCGAUGGCUAAUGUUGGAAUUGCCAUUGGCACCGGCACAGAUGUAGCCAUUGAAGCAGCUGAUGUGGUUUUGAUAAGAAAUGAUCUUCUAAAUGUAGUAGCAAGUAUCGAUUUAUCAAGGAAGACAGUCAAGAGGAUUCGGAUAAAUUUUGUCUUUGCUCUGAUAUAUAAUCUGGUUGGAAUUCCCAUAGCUGCUGGAGUUUUUAUGCCCAUUGGUUUGGUUUUGCAACCCUGGAUGGGAUCUGCUGCUAUGGCUGCUUCAUCCGUUUCAGUAGUACUGUCCUCUCUCUUCCUUAAACUUUAUAGGAAACCAACUUAUGAGAAUUAUGAACUGCAUCCGCGGAGCCAGAUGGGACAGAAAAGUCUUUCGGAAAUCAGUGUUCAUGUUGGAAUAGACGACACCUCAAGAAAUUCUCCUAAACUGGAUUUGCUAGACCGGAUUGUUAAUUAUAGCAGAGCCUCCAUAAACUCACUACUGUCUGAUAAGCGGUCCUUAAACAGCGUUGGUACCAGUGAGCCUGAUAAGCACUCUCUCUUGGUGGGAGACUUCAGGGAAGAUGAUGACACUGCAGUGUAAGAGGUCACAGAGUGCUACUAACUGAUGUUGUUUUGCACUGGGACAAAAUUGAUGAUAUCACCAUUGGCUUUUCAAAAUAUUGUGGCAGGAUUUUAUUUUAUCUCAUGUUCAUAUAUCAGGAAUUCUAUUUGAGGUUCACUUAUCUAAUAGUAAAAAUAUCUUUUUCUAGGGCAUCAGCUCUGAUCUUAGUUUUCUUUAAAAUGAAUUGCCAGUAUUUUCUCCACUAGUAACAGCUAAAGUAGAUUAGUGAGGUUUACAAUAAGCCUUACAGUUGAUAUUGCUGAAUUACUGCUAAAGUGACCUUUGUCAGAUGGGAGGGAAGGCUUGGCAAAAAAGAAAAAGCACCUGAAGAACAUAAUUAAAAUUUUGAAAAUUUGAGAGCAUAACAUUGAGGGGAUUCUAAAGUCGUUAUUUCUGCCAGGCUGGAAUGACUUCCAAUGCACUGUUUUAGAAGGACAACAAUAGAAAUAGGUCUGGGGGCUAGAGAAAUAGUACAAGGUUUAAGGUGCCUACUUCAAUCUCUAUUACAGCAUAUGGUUUCUCUAGCACUGCCAGGCAUGAUCAGCAAGCCCAGAACAAAGAGUAAACCCGGUGUAGCAAAAACCCAUUCUCUGUCCUGAGAAACUUGGUGUGAGGGACUGGAGAAAUAGCUCAACAGAGUGAUCACUUGCUUUGUAUGCAAGAUGCCCUGGCUUGACCCUUGGAAAUGCAUGGUUCUCCAAGCAUUACUGGGAGUGACCCCUGUGAGCUGAGAGUACCCCUGUGCCCCACCAGGUAUGCACCCCCAAUAAAAGAGAAAUAAAAAUAAAUGUGCCUUAUUUAUUGAAGGCUUGCUUUCUCCCUUAUUCCCUUAUUCUCCUUGCAUCUUUGUCCCUGCAUUUGCUUUCUUAGAUACUCCAGUAUCUUUCCUUCUGUGUUUUUAAGCACACCAAAUUUAGGUGGUUUGUUAUUGGUGAAAAUAAUUGACAACUUUUCCAUUAUGUAUGUUCCUUUCUUUGUCUUUGAGCUCAAAAUCUCUUAAGGGUCCAUAGGGUUUCCAGGGGACAUGUUUCUUAAAAGUCAAGAUUCUUCCUUCGGUGACUCCCUAGGCCUAUGCACAUUCAGUUCACUCCUACUGAGUUUAGUUAUGUUAUUUUAGUGUAUUCUAUCUGUCUAAGUCUAGAAAUUAAAGAUUUUGAACCUCUUUCUUGAUUAACUAUUUCAAAGAUUAACCAACUUUAACAUAUGAUUCAUAUAAAAUGACCUAGUUGUUUAAAAUUUUUGAAGACAGAAAAAGACCUUACCUGGCACAUAUUUAAUAGAUUUAAAUUAUCUCUUAGUGCUUUACAUAACCCUUCAAAGUUAUUUUAAAAUAAUACUAUUACACAAAUCUGCUUUCGCAAAACAUACAAUGAAUUGUAAUACAGAAAUGAUCAUUUCCCUAGGUUAUGAUAUGUUAUAGACCAAUCUAUACUUGAAAACUUGUACUUGCUAGGUCAUAUGUUUGGCAAAUUCAGGAAAUUAUUCCCAUUACAGUGUAAAUAUAGAAAUUCCCCUGUGAGUGCCUAGAAGUUAAUACAAGUCAGGGGACCUGGUACUUUUAUCACUAUUGAGAUUUUCUUGAGAAUUGCAAAAUUACACAUGCAGAAUAAGUGAAGAGAACUCACAAAUAAAUUCAUAAUAUUUUGUUUCCAUUGCCAUAGUAAAACUGCUAAUCCAAUGGUUAGCACAUAGGAUUUAUACUCAGUAAAUACUAUUUUCUCCCCUUGAAGUCAGUAAAAUGUUUAAAAAUAAAUUUUAUAAAGCAGAAUCUAAAAGCAGGUGGAAGUGGAAGCUGGGUUUCUUCCUCUCCUACCAUCCUUUUUCUUGUAUCUUUUCAUAAACACACUAGACAAGUUUACAAUGUUAUUCCAUGCUGUAUUUUCAGAUUUGGAAAAGAUCUAAGUUUUACCUCAGCUAGCCUAAAGAGAGAACUGAAAUUUUGAUGAAGGUGCUAUUAAUCUAGGAAGGCAGGUCCAUUUUAAUGAAAUAUGAAUGUGUUUAUAUAUCUGGACUCUUUUUGAGACCAAUUCUUGUGCUAUAUUUUGUGCUUCCACUUUGAAUUUUAAAAAUUUGUUAUUUUAAGCCCAAUGUUUCAUCAUAACAUAACUUCUAGAAGAAACAGCUAAUAUGACAAAUGUAUAAUAGACUUUUGAUAAAAGAAACACCCCUUUCUCUCCUCUGUCUGCCUUUGUUAUCUCUGUCUCUCUCCCUCCCAUUUCCCCUCCCCCCACUCUUCCUGUUCCUCCCUCUCUGCUCUCUGAAGCACUUAAAUUUGGUGAGCUCCUACUCCAAUGUUAUGUGUAUGUUUGUGUUAUUCUCUUGACUCCAUAUGCUAAGGGACCUAUAUGUCAUAGCACAGUGAGAAGCGAAACCUUUGGUCUGGAAUAAUCAGAUAAUUAGGGACAUAAUUCCCACCCAUACUACAAGAACAUAAAACAUGCUCUUUAUAAAGACUUUUGCUUAAAAUAUUAGUAGACACAUUUUAAUUCUCUGCCACACAUCUCUCACAAUCCUGAAUUCCCAUCAGCUUUUUGGAGCAGCUGUACAUAAAGGAAGGAGGUGAUGUAUGGAGAGGAUAAAAUUGCUUUCAGUCAGUUAGCUUUAAAAAAACCAGCGAGAACAAAUUUCAUAUAUGUUUCUAUUCAUACACCAUAUAGAGUGGUUUUAUAUUUGAAUUUGUGUUUAACUAUUUGAAGUUUUUUAUUUGUAGUUCCUUUAUAUAUCCUUCUGUAGUCACUCAACAGCUACACCCUCAAUCUAAAGAUAGAAACAUUUUGAAUAUCAAGUACUGGUUCAGACUCAACAAUGGGGCACCUUUUAUUUUAAAUAUCCAAAGAUGCCUUUUGAAUUCCAAAAGUUAAACUUCAGCUAGAGUAUUUAGUGCUAUAGUCUAAAGUAUAUGGUUGUUGUCAAAAUAGAAAUGUUGUUUUUCCUAGUUGAAUAUCAUCAUUUUAGUAUGUUAAAUUCAAUGCCUUGUGAACAAAUAAUUUUAUAUAUUGUACUUUUAACUUUUUAAAAGUCACUUGUUUUAGGUGUGUUCUUUGUUUAGAAUUCUUAAAGUAGCACUGUAGAUAAAAUGUUUCCAAAAAUUUUAGUGUGCAUAUCUUUUCUGUACACAGCUGAAAAUCAAGAAUGUAUGUUGUUAGAGAAUAUUUUUCCAUUGCUUGUGGAUCUUGCUUUAAAAUCACAUUUCCUAAUAUUUAUUUAAUUUGUUAUCUGUGGGUGAGGCAUCUGGCUACUCGGUUAAUUUAAUAAAAUAAGAAUAUUCCUGAAA